AUGGAGAAUGAAGGCUUACAUGUAGAUCUAACUCAGAAUGGAUCAGGAACAGUUGUUCCUCAGAAUAACAGUUCAUUACAGGGGCAAGGUAUUGACUAUAAUCACCCUCUUUUCCUUAGUCCUACUGAUGUCAGUGGCUUGAGUCUGAUUUCCUUUCAACUAACUGGUAUUGAAAACUACAUGUUGUGGAGUAGAUCUAUAAGGCUAGCCUUGUUAGGGAGGAAUAAGAUUGGUUUAAUUGAUGGCACUGUUAAGAAAGAAAUGUAUAAUGUUGAAUUAUGGGGACAUUGGGAAAGAAGAGGUUUGAUAGAGUAUUUGGAUCUAGGACUUAUAGUCUACACAAAGAGAUUGCUUCGCUGCAACAGGGGACUACUUCUGUUUCUGAGUAGUAUACCAGACUCAAAGGUUUAUGGGAUGAGUUUGAGGUAUUGGUGCCUGCACCUUGUUGUAAUUGUGAGAUCUCCAAAGGCUAGGAGUCAGAUCCUUAUGAUGGAUCCAUUACCUUCAAUUAAUCAUGUGUAUGCUAUGGUAGUUAGGGAUGAAAGCCAAAAGGCUGUGAUUGCGUGUACUACUAGCAUGAGCAUGACUACUAUUGGCUUGGACUCUUCUAUUGCUAUGUUCUCCAAGACUGGUAGUAGUUCUAGUGGUAGUAGUUCAGGUAGGAAGUUUCAGCCUCAAGGAGGUUCUGUCACACAGGCCAACAGUUACUCUACACAAUAUUCAUCAGCUCCUCAAGCUAACUUUACCUAUGGUUUUAAUACCAACAUUCCUCCUCCAGGAUGGGGAAUACCUAAUCAACAACAUAAUAGUAUUAAUAAUGAAGGUACAUCUACAACUCCUACUGCCAGUCUCAAAGUUAGCCAAGCUGAGAAAGAAGUUCAAUACCUGCUCCAAGGAUGCACUUUUACUAAAGAUCAGUAUGAUCAUAUUCUGAAGAUGAUGCAACAGAAGUCAGAUGUUACUUAUCCCUCUAUGUGUAAUACUGCCAAUACAGGUGCAACUAAUCAUAUGGUCUCCAGUUUAGACAUGAUGAUUAAGGGGUCAGUGUCACAGCUUGCAGAGUCUAAACUUGUCUAUCUUCCAAAUGGUAGCACUACUCAAGUAUCUCAUGUUGGAUGUUGUGCAUUAUCAACAAGAAGUGUGAUCACUAAUGCAUUGCACCUUCCUGAUUUCAACUACAAUUUGUUGUCAGUCAGUCAAAUCACAAAUGAGUUAGGAUGCUCAGUUACCUUCUUCCCUAAUUUUUAUGUUUUCCAGGAUCUUUGCCGUGGGAAGGUGAAAGAAGUUUGUAAGCAAGAAGGAGGCCUAUAUCUACUGAUACAACACUUAACAAGUAAGAAUGCAAAUAGUGAAGGGGAAGCUACAUUUGCUAUCAACAAUACAAAGGUCAUAAACAUGGAAUUGUGGCACAAAAGGUUGGGGCAUGUGUCUUCAACAGUCCUUGCAAGGAUGUUUGCUAUGAAUAAAGAAAGUUUAUGUACAUUGACUAAAUGUUCAGUGUGUCCUCUUGCUAAGCAAACAAAAUUAUCUUUUCCUGUUAGCAGUAUUAAGACUUCAGCUUGUUUUGAUAUGAUACAUGUGGAUUUGUGGGGUCCUUAUAAUACUCCCACUAUUGAUGGUAAUAAGUAUUUUCUCACCAUUGUGGAUGACUUCUCUAGGAUGACUUGGUUAUUUUUGCUUAAACAUAAGUCUGUUGUGUGUGUUUCUCUUAAGGAGUUUCUCUUGUUUAUUAAAACUCAGUUUGGUAGAUCAGUCAAAGUACUAAUGUCUGAUAAUGGUACUGAGUUUGUGAACUCAGUAUGUGAUGCUAUGUUCAAAGAAAUGGGCAUUAUUCAUCAGAGAUCAUGUCCUUAUACUCCACAGCAAAAUGGUGUUGCUGAAAGAAAACAUAGGCAUUUGCUUGAGGUGACAAGAGCUAUCAGAUUUCAGGCCAGCAUACCCUUGAGGUAUUGUGGACAAUGUGUGUUAGCUGCUGCUUAUCUUAUUAACAGACUUCCUAGUAGUGUGUUGAAUUAUGCUACACCUUAUGAAAGGCCAUUUUUCACUAGUAGAGGUGUAAUAUUCAGAGAAGAUUCCUUUCCUUUUGUCAAAGGAAUAGACCUUGUUUCAGAAAACAUGUUCUUAGAUACAUUGCAUAUCUCAGAUGUCCUACCUCCUCACUUGAAUUCUAUAUCAUUUCCUCCUGUUGUGAAUCAGCAGGAUGAUCCUGCAUGGUCCCAAGUGCCUGUUUAUCCUGCACUAUCCUUAGAUCCUGCUUCUUUGAAUUCUGAGUUUGCUUCUGAUUGUAGAAGGUCCACUAGACAGAAACAUAAUCCUAUUUGGAUGAAAGAUUUUGUCUCACUUUCAAUGAAUAUGAAAAUUCCAUAUCCUUUGUGCAACUCCAUGAGCUAUGAUCAUCUUUCUCCUAUCUAUCAAUCCUACCUUGCUGCCACCUCUGUAGAUAAGGAGCCUGACUCUUACUGUGAGGCUGUCAAAGACAUAAGGUGGGUAGAUGCUAUGAAGGCUGAAAUUCAGGCUCUAGAGAGUAAUGAUACCUAG